AUGCCCCCUUCUCUUGCCCUGAUCCCUCAGUAUAGUCUUCUUGUACAUUUUGGUCUGCUGCAUAUACGAGCUGUCAGAUGGAAAUCCUUCAGUCCUAAGACCUUUGUGUUGGCAGCAAUAAAUAUAACUGAUUCCGAUGCAAGUUCUGCUGUGCUGCAGGUAAAUUAUGGAAGCAGACAGGUGACAGCUUGUUCAGAUGAGUCAUUUGUCCUCAUUUAUCCUGCAUCAUCAGAAGGCAAGGUGUAUACAGAAUGUCAAUAUGAUUUGGCAUUUGGGAAUGGAAACAUUUCCAGGAAGGGAAGAGCAAUCCUGUGCUCACAUAUACCAGUUCCAGAAACACGUUGCUUCUAUGUAGAGGCAGCAGUUGCCAAAUCCAAUGGCAGCUUAUUGGAGGAGAGGGGAGAGGAAAGACACAUGCAACCAGAAAUGGCAGAAAAAUAA